AAGGGGAGGGAGAGAGUUCAUCAGUAGUUCAGUACGGUGGGUGUGUGGAGUGCGGUCACACGUCCUCUGUAUCGAUUCUAUCGCUCAGUGGCCUCCCAUCACAUCCCUGGCCCCUACACUGCUCCUGCAUCACACUGGUGCCUCUCCCUAACCCUAGCAUAGCUCGCAUCCUUUACUGAUACAUACAAACAGAAAUAUUGUAGUUAUCUAUUAUAUAAUCUUGAAUUAAUGAACCUAAUCGAGCUACAAUAUUUAAACCACGUAAAAUUAAUAUGAGACUAUUUACAAGUUGAGUACAGUUGACAUUAUAGUUUAAAGAUAAUCAAGGGAGUUUCUUUUUUUAAUUUAAAUUGAUUAAUACGUCUACACGAUUACCAAGGUUAAGAAAGCCUAACCAAGAUUAAGAGCAUGAUGCGGCGUGCGAUUGUGGUGGUUGCGACGAUGACAGCGCUCGUGGUGGCAGCCCCGUCAGACACGAGUGGAGGCAGCCAGAGAAAUGCGGGAGGAGGACGGGCACUAGACAACCUCUGUAUUGAAGAUCCGCCAGACUGUGAUGGCACUGGUGUAGGUCACCUUCCUGUGGGCCAGACUUUGAGCUACGCCCUCCAAGGAUGGUGGAAUCUCGUAUUAGACUCAGACAACCAUAAUCCUCAAGAGUCAAGCAGGAAGGUUACACUUGAGAGUUAUCUUUCCAUCACUCGGGAGUCGCAAUGUCGUGUCAAGAUAACACUUAGCCACAUUGUAUUCAGCGACUGGCAGCGGGAUGAGGCGGAGUUGGUGGAGACGUGGGUGGUAGUAAGUGGCGGGUCAGUUCUUGCUGUGUGUGGACCUCGUGAGUCUGGUCACCAGCCGGGUGCACAGCGAGACGCCCACAUUCACUCCCUAGCACGAAGUAUCAUGUCUGCCACCUUGAAUGUGGCGCCCCUUCUUGAUGACCAGCCGUUGACAUUGACAGAGAGUGACCACUUUGGCCAAUGUGAGACCCGCUACCACAGUGGUAGAGUUUGGCCAGGAGGAUAUGAAGUUGUGAGAACCCGAGACCUCACCACCUGUCACACCACCAGCGCGGGACACUUUGUAACCUCCAGUGACCUGACAGGACUCACUAAUAAGGCAACUUUGGAGUGCUAUCAUCAGUACCAGCCUAUAGUUGGUGGAGAGUUGUCCCUGAACAAGGUAAUGUGCAGCCAAGACCUCUCACUUCCUGAUGCUGCCACCUUUAGUUCUAACCUGACACUUAGCCUUAUAGACAUCCAACCUCAAAAGCUGCACUUCAGUGAUGAAACAAUGACCAUUCAUGAGUUGGACUUAAACAGAGCAGUCCAUCCCUCCACAUCAGUCAUGGACCACACUGUUAAAGUACACAGGCUCCUCAGUGAACUGUGUACUGAGCUUGGUCAACGAGUGACGUUAAAGGCAGCUGUGGCAUAUCCUCAUUUAUUGUCAGAAAUGAAAUACUUACCAAAAGAGAUGCUGGUGCAGCUGUUUACAGAGGUUAACACUGGAAAAAUCUGUUCUGAUCACCGGAGGGUCAGAGGCGUUCUUUCUGCUGCAAUGCGAGACUCCACAUCUCCCAAUGUUGCUGCUGCAAAGUGUUCUCUGAUGACAUCAGAAGCUGUUGUGUCUUCACCCAGUUGGCUAUCAUCACUUGCAAAUGUUCAGCAUCCCUCAUCGGAGUCCCUUCUUAUGUGUGCUGGUUUGUUGGAUGAUGAACACUGGCGUGCCUCUGUGUUGGGUGUGACAGCAAUGGCAGGUCAUGCAGCAAGGGUGACGUGUGGUGGUGGUGGUGCGGCAGAACACUGUCAUUGUGGUGUUGAUGACUCCUGGGGUCAUGAAGAUGAGGACAGAGACUGGGAGGUAGACCAGGCAGUACAGGUCAUCAUAAAAAAGUUGAUGGAGAGGCUGAAGAGCUGCUCCUCUGAGGGUGAUAAGCAGCAGGCUUUGCUGGCUAUAAGAGGUCUAGGGAACGUGGGUGCAUUUGGUAGUGACGUUGAGAGUGCACUUCGUGAAUGUGGAUCAAUGGCUAAUAUUGAUUCAGCUGUCCGUGUGGCAGCAUUCAAGGCCCUCGGGCAGGGUCCAUGCUCUUCACAGAUAAUGAACUGGCUGAAGUGGGAGGUACUCAAUGAGACAGUUGAGACAGAGCUGCGGAUCACUGCCUUCCAGUCUCUACGUUCCUGUGACCCAAAUCAAGCUGAAGCAGUAGCCAUUCUCAUCACUAAAAAGGAAUCAGACAUACAAGUGAAAUCUUACGUGAGUGCCUUUGUGACCGAGGAAGACACUACUAGAGAUGUACGUCAGUUUUCCCAACAUUUAGUGGCAAAUCUUACAGCACUGGCAGGUCUUCCAGACACCCAGCUGGAGACUGACAUUGUUUUUCAAAAUUCUUUCCUGCCCCGAAGUGUUGCUUUCAACUUGACAUCUACAUUACUGAAGCAUUUUGGUGGAAGUGUUCAGUUUGGAGGACGGCUGCAGAAUUUGGAGGGCGUGAUACAGUCUGUGUUUGGUCAUAAGGGCACAGCUGGGGGUACAGUGGAGGAGUGGGUGUUGGCACUCAUACAUAAGGCUCAUGAACUCUUCACUAGUGCCUCAAAGGAGUUUGUCAGAAACCACAGGAGACAAAAGAGGAGUUUUAGUCUAUCUGAUGUCACGGAGCUGUUGAGUAAGGUGAAGCAUCAGGUGGUAACAGAAUUGCAUGGAUGGGUGUUCGCCGGCUUAGGUGGUCAAGAGCGUUACUUUUCUUCAUUUGCUGUUGACCCUCUUGCUCUCGAAUGGGAGGAACUUAUCAACAACUGGCUGGAACAACUGCUUGAGACAACAUAUUCAUCUCUCAUCAAUUCAGAUGUGGAAAUGACAACUGGUUGGGCAGGGAUUGAUGAAUGUAUUUGGUCAUGGAGUUUGCUCGGGAUGCCACUAAAGUUUUCACAACAAGAAGGAGGUUUGAUGACCCUUGGAGCCUCUUCACAGGUCAACCUUCUCAGUCUUCUUACUAACCCAAGAGCUUCGACUCUCAACAUUGCUGUCUGGCCCAGUCUUGGUGUGUAUUCACUGUCACAGAUUGGUGUGGUGUCUCUCACUGGUGACUUCACAGCUUCCUCCAUCGCACAAGUUUCUGCCGGUGUUGAUGUCUCUUCCAUCUUAACAGUCCAGGGUGCUGACAGUAUGGAAUUGAAGAUGGAUAUUCCACAAGGUUCCUUCAAUGGCUAUUUGGCCCAGAUUACACGCAGUUUUGAUUACCCUUCAGCAGUGGAUGGUGCCAAUGAUGAUGAUGGAAACUUGUAUGAUGGUGCUGCAAUUAGUGGAACAGAUUGCUCAAGUGAAGAUGGUACAGCGGAUGAUUUCAAUGUGGAUGGACUUGAUGGUCAGUCCCAAGGCUCUGGUAGUGAGAGUGUCUGCAACGGUGCACUUGAAACAGCUUUGGGGAUUAGCGCCAGGACAGACACAGUGUGGAUACAAGGUAGACAUAAGGCAGUAAUCAAGUUAAGGAAUUAUCUCAGGAAGAGUGAGGAGAGUAUUACUGGAUAUAGAAUUAGCUUCUCGUGGAAGAACCCGGGUGUAAACUCCAUGUUCCUUGAUAUCCAUAUCGAGACUGAAGGUUCAAGCACAGAGAAGAAGGUCGGUGUGGUGUUUGGUCUCACCUACAGUCCGCACUUUACCCUCAAGCUACAGUUCUUUAGCCUGCAGUUCUCCGCCUUUGCAGAGACAUCACUAGUGAAUGACCCAAAUCUUAAGCGUGCUGAGGGUCACAUUAGCUUCGGGAAUCUAGUGUAUGGCUUCAAAGCUGAACUGCUCUUUGUGGAAGAUGGAGGCCAUGUGAGUGUGAAACCACGAUUAGUCAUAGCAUAUCCCGGUCAACAGGAAGAUGCUCUUUUAGAGGGAUAUGUCGUACGAUAUCUGUCAGAUAAGGUCAGAAGUGUGACUCUGGACCUUUACACAGAGGGUACACUGAAGAAGUACCUUGAUAUCACUCUUAAAGGUACUGCUGAAGUCAAGCAAGCACCAAAUGGAGACAAGGUCAUCACCCUUAAGAAUAUCUACUUUUCAGUCCCACUCUUUGCACUUGGGUUAGAAGCUGCAUUUUCCAUGAAGAAUAAUGCCUUUGAGGGCAAAGUUCAGCUAACUUGGGAUGGCCAGGUGGUGAUGCUUGAUGGCAGCAUCACUAGUCCAGGAUCUGGGGAAGAUAAUCAACACUUUGGGGUUAAAUUUGAGAUGCUGCUUCCAGAUUACCCACAACUUGACACAAGGGUCCUCUCCAUCACACAAGUGAAUGCUUCUGAGGUUAUAAAUAAUCUCACUGUAAUAGUAGGCCCUGAGGCAACUGCAAGAGAAUUUCAAGUCAUUCAUUCCACAUCUUGGAGGAUCACACAACCUAAACAGUCAGCCGUAACACGCACAGAACACUGGUCAUCUCACUACAAUGGAUUAGCUACAAAAAUAGUUAAUAAGCUGCAAGUUACAUCUCCCACUGCUGACAUGGACUGGGAUGUUAUCUAUAAAGUGCAGGUCACAGAUGUAUCCCUGGAAAACCAGAUUGUUGCUAAAAUUAAUGGCCAGGACCACAACAUCACAGCCAAUUUUUACGACCAGUCUGAAGAGUUAUGGAAAUACCACACCGAGCUUGAGGUCAUCCUUGCAGAGUGGCAGUUCAUUUACACUGACACAACCCAACAACGUGAAGAAGGUGAUGUGGUUGGUCAGAGCAUUGCUGUAAUGCCUUCUGGGAGAACUUCCACAACUUCUUCUAGGUACUUCAGAAAGGCUGAAGAUGAUAAUGUUGUGUUUGAAUUAUCUUAUGAGAUACUUAUCCGUGAUGGUCCACGAACUUGGGAGAUAGUUGCAGAAGAAUCCUUUAAGUGGUCACCAACACACCUCAAUCUUCAGGCCAGUGUUAAUGAAGGAGGAGUCACCAUCUUUGGCCUAGAAAUAUGUCUAGAGAAGUUGAACUCAGAAGGAAUUUAUUUCCAUUUUAAAAAUUGGAUCAAGAACUUAUAUGAGAGUGAAGUAUUGCUCAGUAAUGAGGACCAUAAGACCAACUUCAACUUUGCAUUGCUUAUGAUUCCUCUGAACAGGGAAAUUACAAGUAAAGUUGCCCUCAACCACAGUGAGUGUGCUGGGUCUGUUGAUGGGGAGCUGGCAUGGGAUGCUCGAGGAGAUGCAUCCAGAACACUGACUGUGUCAUCCGCCCUCAUUCUGCCCAGGGAUGGCACACCACUUGUGCUCCGUGGAUCUUUGUCAGUGUUGACGUGGGUGUGGGAGACGCAGCUCGAGGUUGUGUUUGGGAAUGAGAUCGGAGAUAACCACCAGAUGACCUACAUCCUUGUUCUUCCUGAUAAGUCAAGCUUUUACUUUGGGUCACAGCUUGGCUUCUUUGUUGGGGAAAAUUAUUUGACUCUACUGACUAGUUUUGUGGUCCAUAUGCCUUCAGGAGCAACACACAAGUUGACUGUUAAUGCGAGUGGGCUUCUUACUGGACACAAAGUAGCAGAUGUAAGUCUGAACUUCACAGUUGAAUCUCCCUUUAGUGAAGACAUAGAAUUCCAUCUCCACUUCAUAAACCAAGAGGCUAAUGGCCGGAGUGACAUAGGACUGAUGGUUAGAACCUAUUCGGAAGCCAGUUAUUGGGAACUUCUUGAUGUUAAGGCAUCAGGAGUCAGGGAUGGUACAACAAUAACCAUUGAAGUAGAGGGAAACUUGGGGAAUGAUACCCUUAACCUUGAUGCUACUGGAUCCUACAGGCUUGUUGAAAGUGAACAUCAGGUGAUGGGUUCUGCUGAACUUAGGAUUCCUUCAUCAAUUUCUUGGAAACAACUGAAAUCAUCACUGGAUGGCACAUUCAGUGUUGGCCAUAGCCCAGGAAGACUGAAGGUGACUCACUUGAUGAUUAUAGAAAAAAAUUAUCAGGAAAUCUUCAAUUGCAAUGGUGAUGUUAUGGUACAUGUUCCAAAGGUGGAGGGUCAUCUCACCUUCACCCAUGCUGGCUCCAUUGGCACUAGUCACAUAUAUACCCUGCAAGGCACCUUCACUGGAAAAGAACUGGAGCUGCACAUUGAAGGAACAAUUGACGAGGUGCCUUUGAAAAUCUCCCUCCACUACAUUGAUGGUCGGCAGGUAACUGUCCUUGCCAUGUACCAGGAGGAGGGCUACCUCAGCUUGUCUGUCACCACAGAGCUAAAGGAUAUCAGCAUUGGCAUCAGGAAAGGUAACGGGACAUCAUAUUCUCUGACAACAGUUGGUCAGCUGCUGUACCAGGAUCAGAGGACAAAGAUGCACCAUCACUUAUCCAUCACUCCAUCAGAAGCUUCAUCUGUCCUCAGACUCUCUCCAUUCUUUGGCAAAGUUUUUAUGCUGACAACAAAUCGUACUAAAAUUGCCCUCGACCACUGGCAUACAGAUGUCAGUCUCAAUUGGGAAGAGAGAACUUUUAUUUACCAUGAUGAGGUAAACUUCCCCAGCUUCACUGACUGGUUUGUCAAGGUUGAGGUAAAUGCCCCAGACCUCUACAUUAAUGAUGUGAUGGUCGAGUUGGAGAGUUUGGGCGAGACAAGUGGAGAACAUGCAGUCCAGAUGAAGUUCCAAGAGGAAAAUGUCACUGUUCAUAGUGCCAGGUUGAUGUUCUACAAAUAUGAUGCAGCAGAUGAGAAAAUUUGGCGUGCAGGAGCAAGGAACGUGAUCUUCAGUAGUAAGGAGUACAGUGACCUGAUAGUGUCUCAUGCCAUGAUGCUUCCCUUUGAUGGCAUGGAGAUCAAGAGCAACCUGACGGUGGGAGAGACUCCCAUCAUUGGUGUGGGGGUCAAGGUGACACCCCAGACACGGGCAGUUAUCCUCUCGGUCUGCACCACCAGUGACGAAUGUGUUCGUCUUCGUGUUCACACUCACGCCCAGACUACACCAUCCACUAGAACCUUCUCCAUGGCUGUUCACGCUCUCAACUCCCUAUUUUGGCAGGGCCAAGAUGAUCCUCUUUUACAGAACUCCAUCACUUUCAUGGCUAAGGAGACGACAGAGAAGGUGACAGUGUCUGGUGGUAUUCGUAGAGUAGAGUGUGAACGAGUCACCUGCAGCAACUUUAGAACUCGUGGUCUUCUGCACGCUACCUUGCAUGUAAUGGACGAUGCUCUUGACCUUCUUUUGGACACCACCAACCGCACCAUCAAGCUCAGGACAGUUGUUUACGAGGGUCCCAGAGAGGAACUUGCUCCAGCAACGUUGCCAGGAGGCCGCCUGGUUAACACAUCCACUGUAGAGACUAACCUUUGGCUGGAUAGAGACAGUGAUCCUGAGGGUAUGAUCAGCUGGACCUGCACUAUAGCUCAUUAUGCAUCAUCCAGGGCAUCAGAGUGGGUCAUCCAGUCUAGUUUACAUCAUCAGUCUUUUAACAAGGUACUGAGAGUAAGUGGUAACAUCAAUGCUGAUCCAACAUCUGCUUCUGCUGUCUUACUGUUAGAUGUCUUCACUACCACGGAAGACUCCCUCAGGGUUGACCUUAAGUUGCUUCAAGAGCAUGGCAGUUAUAUCUUUGUUGGUAAUCUCACAAGAGACAUGGAUAACAACUCGAAUAUUAUGGGUGUGAUUGUGUCAUUCCUGCCAUCCCCUGACAGCGGUGAGGUGAGCGUCGUGCUGGUUGUGCCGAGUACGUCGGCCACGACACCAAAAGUGACUCGUCCUAAAACAACUCUUGACACUCGGUUCACCCUCACGUGUGGUAUGGAUGUCAGAAACAAACACACUGUACUGUCUUGUAAGUUCAUGACCCCAUCAGUACACGAGAAAGUGUUCUUCAGAUACCAACCCUCUGAUGUUCCCGGCUGUUUGGGCUUUAUGGCCUUGGUUGGGAUCUUUAACCACACUUAUUACACUCACCAGAAAAUGUGUACCAGCCCCACCAGCCUUCAAGCUACUUUGUCAAAGAAAACACAAGAAGGCAUGAAAGAACUUGCACUGAAGUUUGGACUUGUAGAUGUACAGAAGGCUGAAAUAGACCUGCUGGAUACUGUUCACAUCAGAUUUCAACUCCAUCCUCCAUUCUUACUUCAUGCCAUGGCUCAUUCUGGUGGCAGCAUGUGGGAUAGGUUGGGGGAUAUUAUGGACAAAGUUCAUGAAGAAGUUACUACUUUGAUAUUAGCUGCAAAAACUGCAAUGAGAGUUGUGGCAUCAGACUUGAGGGUGAUGGAUGGCCUCUCACAGAUAUCCACUUCUACCCCAACCUCAACCUUGGCAGAGUACAUCAGCAACCACACCCACCAUAUUCUGUUGGAGUUUAAAGGGGAUCAGCUGCUACUUGACAUGGCUCAUGGAGCACAAUUAUGUUUUGAUGUAACCAGUGUUCUGAUAGAAGCAACUGCAGCCUAUCUGAGUCACAACUUUGGCCAAAUCUUCACCAAUCUGGCUGUUGGUGCUGAAGUGUGGUUUGAGGCAGUUCUCAUGAACUCAGGAACUUGGCUGAUCCACCUUGGUCAAAGCUUAAGUGACAUUUUCACAUCCACUACUAGCUUUAUUAUCAGCUUCCCAGAGUUGCUGUUGGAUUAUGCUUCAACAAUUCCUGUCUUAGGAAACGUGACCCAGUGGAUCGUGACUCGAGUCAGAUGGUUCUACAAUUCAACAGUAUUUGCCUUCAUGAAAGACAUUGUAGUAUCCACUGGUCACUACCUUCACAAGGUACUGUCUCUUCUGUAUUCUGAAGAUGAAAAUUAUUAUGACAAAGAGACAUCUACUGGAGCCUGGAAUAUUUGGGUUCCAUUACCAAGGUGUGGUCACACAUUGUUUGAUGUUUGGUAUUAUGUGACAAGUUCAUCACCAACAUCCCAGCAUCAGGUGUCCCUUUACUCUGCCUUUCUCUGGUGGUGUCACCUCCUCUCUCACCCGACUCAACUGAUCCAUUACCUUACACCUCCUUUUACAGCACAAGGUGCCAUCAUUGGGAGCACAAACUUUGUGAGCCUGGAUGGUCAGACAUACAGCCUAUCCUCUUCGUGUGCACAUGUCUUGGUGACUGAUGCUGAGGGCGGCACCUUUACUCUCAUCUCGGAUUGGGAUGAAACAAAUACAGGGAGGGACUACACACUACUCUUUGGAGAUAUAGUGCUGAAAGUGCAGUCAAAUUUGCAGGUUACUAUAGGUGAUACAGCUAUCACCCUUCCAUAUAUCAGAAGAAAUAUCAGGGUUAUGAGAGACCUCCACCAUCUGGUCGUGAAAACCAAGGAUUCACUAGGACGGGAUGUAGUUACUCUCACAUGUUGGGUGUCAUACCAAGCAUGUAUAGUGAGUGUAAGUGGUUGGUUCCAUGCUGACACCCUAGGACUCCUGGGGAAUCUUAACUUGGAGCCUGCCGAUGAUCUCACGCGACCCAGUGGAAAGGUUGCUCUGAGUGGGGAGGUGUUUAGUCACAGCUGGCGUGUUAGUUCACACUGUCCACCUGAGAGAGCCGAGAUAGAAACCCCGCAUGAUGUUCGGGCCCAACAUCUCUGUGACAAGUUCCUCCAUCACUAUACUUCUCCAGUUUUUUCUUGUCAUGAUGCUGCUGACAUCAUGCCAUUCUAUGAUACUUGCAUGAAGCAUCUUGCGUCAUUACAUAAUGGUGGUAACUGGACUGAGACCAAGCUCCAUGUGGACAUCACUAAAGGUGUUGUUGCAGAUACUCGUAACACCAGAGAUAAUAUUGUACGUAACAGUACAGAUGACAGUACAUCUAAAGCACGUGAGACAGAUGAGAACAGGAGCACUUCUAUUAACUACAACACAACUGACCAGAUCAGUGUUCGAGAUGUGCUUUUCCCCAUUACUAAACACAAAGAUGCACUGAUUGAUGCCACCAUAGAAGAAGUUGCUGCCGUAUGUGACGUGUUGGCUGCGUAUUCAACCGUGUGUGGUGAGCGAGAUGUUAGACUGCCUCUGCCAUUUAUAUGUGGCCAAGAGAAUCAACUGACCUUCAAAGAACCAUUGUCACCAGUGCCACAACUUGAUCUUGUGCUGCUGAUCAAUGAAGAGAAGUGUGACAGUUUCAUGUACCAACACCUGAUACGUCCCCUGCCCCCAGUACUAGAGAGAAUUGCUCAAGGAAAAAACAUAAGUGAUAUACAAAUUGGUGUGAUGGGGUAUGGUUCAGGUGGUGGUGAUGUCAUCUACCACGCCUCUGGAACAUCACUGCUUACACCAGUCUCACAGUUCAAGAUAAUACAACCUCGUAACAAGCAACAUCCUCGGGCAUCGCUCCUGCAGGGUCUAAAAGCAAUAAGCACCUUUCCGUUUCGACCUGGAUCUGUACGGGUGGCUUUUAUUGUACGCUGCGAUGACUACGACCUUCCAAGGUUUACCGAGUCAUUGCCAAAGGAGAUGGGACGUCGAAGAUUGGCGCUGUUUACUCUCACACCUGAACUGCUCGUGUUCAACCCAAGUCGUCCCAAAGCCGUCAGGAACACUAUAGGUGUUGACAGGUGGCGAGUGUACAACUUGAGACUAGAAAAACAAGAGUCCUCAGAUUCCUGGGGCAUUAGACGACCAAACUCCAACAUAGCUCAGCUGGCUAUGAAGAGUGGUGGAGGUGUGUUCUCUGUGACAGCACUCAAGGAAGAUAACAGAGCUCCAUACUUCAUGAAACUGUUCAGGAGGGUCCUUAGCAGAGCCAUAAUCAAGGUCAUCAACGUUGCCUACAGGCCUCCAAGAACACUGUCAUAUAAUUAAUAUUCAUUUUAAUUUCCUUCUUACUCAAAUAAUUUGGUGUAUGUUCACAAUUGUAAUGUCUGUAGAUUGGCUAGUACUGACUAAUAUAAUUAGAAAAGGGUUAGUUCAAAUAAAAUUGACGACAGUGAAAUAUUACAAGUUGAGCUUGAAGUACAAUACAAUAUAGUGAAUUAGGAACCAAUGGUAUGUUUAAGGUAUUAAUGCUUCUUCUCAAUGAACCAUUAUUGUUCAAGCACUGGGUUACUCAAGCAGUAGUUAAAUAGGAUCAUUUACGCACAAGCAUUUCAGUUAUCUGCACUAAAGCUACAGUAUUAGUGUUUAAUCUCAAACCUGGAUACUUGAUGCAUGCUAAUUGGAGACCUCAAAUUCAUGUAUUUGUUGUCUUUUGUGGUACAGGUUGAACCUCCCUAAUCCGGUACCCUUUGGACCUGACCGGUGCCGGACUUUAGAAUUUUCUGAACCACAGGUGGUCUUUGUAAAAUACAUAUUAUCAUUGUUGUGACACAGUUUUAAUGUAAAUGAUAUAAGUAAAUAUGCAUACAAAAGGAUAAAGAAAGAAAUAUGAAUAUGAAAUACCUGUACAAGUAAUGUAUUUCAACUACAGAAGCAUAAUACAGUUCAAUACAGUGUAAUUGUAAUAAACGAAAAUAAACAAACAAAAAUUCUCA